GAAGUGGUUCUUUUCCCUCCGGCCCGUCCGGCUCCUUCUCCUGCAGUUGCGAAAACCCGGAACGGAGGAGCCGCAGAGCGGCGGAACUACGCCGCCCCUCGCGGCACCUCCCCGACCAGCCCGCGGAGGCCGCGCUGGGCAUGCUCAGUCGGCAGGGCCGCUUCAGCCCUCGGAGUAGGAAGCUGGGGUGCUCCGGAUCUGAGGAGCCGCGGUAGGGGCGAAAAUGGAGUCCUUCACCAAUGAUCGCCUGCAGCUCCCCAGGAAUAUGAUUGAAAACAGCAUGUUUGAGGAAGAACCAGAUGUGGUGGAUUUAGCCAAAGAGCCUUGUUUACAUCCUCUGGAGCCGGAUGAGGUGGAGUAUGAGCCCCGUGGCUCCCGUCUGCUGGUGCGGGGUCUUGGUGAGCACGAGCUGGACGAAGAGGAGGAGGACUACGAGUCGUCAGCAAAGCUGCUGGGCAUGUCCUUCAUGAACAGGAGCUCGGGCCUCCGGAACAGUGCCACCGGCUACCGGCAGAGCCCGGAUGGGGCUUGUUCAGUGCCCUCCGCAAGGACCAUGGGGGUUUGUGCUUUUGUCAUUGUGGUUGCUGUUUCUGUUAUCAUGGUGAUUUACCUGCUGCCCAGGUGUACCUUUACCAAAGAAGGAUGCCGUAAGAAAAACCAGUCCAUGGAACUAAUUCAGCCAAUUGCUACAAAUGGGAAGCUAUUUCCGUGGGCCCAGAUGCGGCUUCCUGCGGCCAUCAUCCCGCUGCGCUAUGAGCUUAACCUACAUCCAAAUCUAACCUCCAUGACAUUCAGUGGCUCAGUGACAAUUUCAGUUCAAGCUGUUCAGGCCACUUGGAACAUCAUUCUUCAUAGCACAGGCCAUAAUAUUUCAAGAGUGACCUUUAUGUCUGCAGUUUCAAACCAGGAGAAGGAAGUUGAGAUCCUGGAGUAUCCGUUUCAUGAACAGAUUGCCAUUGUGGCCCCCGAAGCCCUCAUUGAAGGGCACAAUUACACCAUAAGGAUAGAGUAUACAGCAAACAUCUCCAGCUCAUACUACGGGUUUUAUGGCAUCACCUACACAGAUGAGAAUCACGAGAAAAAGUACUUCGCGGCAACUCAGUUUGAACCCCUAGCAGCAAGAUCUGCUUUUCCCUGUUUUGAUGAACCAGCAUUUAAAGCCACAUUUAUCAUCAGGAUCGUAAGGAAUGCACAGUAUACUGCUUUAUCAAACAUGCCUAAGAAGUCAUCUGUGCUCAUGGGAGACGGACUUGUUCAGGACGAGUUUGCGGAGAGUGUGAAGAUGAGCACCUAUCUGGUAGCCUUCAUCGUGGGAGAGCUGAAGAACCAGAGUCAGGACAUGAACGGGACCUUGGUCUCCGUCUAUGCAGUACCAGAAAAGAUCGGUCAAGUUCAGCAUGCCUUGGAAACUGCCGUGAAGCUGCUUGAGUUUUAUCAAAACUACUUUGAAAUUCAAUAUCCACUUGAGAAACUGGAUCUCGUGGCUAUUCCUGACUUUGAAGCAGGAGCGAUGGAAAACUGGGGUUUGCUCACCUUCCGAGAAGAGACACUUCUCUACGACAAUAACACCUCUUCUGUGGCGGACAGAAAACUGGUCACUAAGAUCAUCGCUCAUGAGCUGGCCCAUCAGUGGUUUGGUAAUUUGGUUACAAUGCAGUGGUGGAAUGAUCUAUGGCUAAAUGAAGGUUUUGCCACCUUUAUGGAAUAUUUCUCUUUGGAAAAAAUAUUCAAAGAGCUCUCCAGUUAUGAAGAUUUCUUGGAUGCUCGAUUUAAAACCUUGAAGAAGGACUCCUUGAAUUCAUCUCAUCCAAUAUCAUCAUCUGUUCAGUCUUCAGAACAAAUUGAAGAAAUGUUUGAUUCUCUUUCCUAUUUUAAGGGAGCCUCUCUCUUGUUGAUGCUGAAGACCUAUCUUAGCGAGGCCGUGUUUCAGCACGUGAUUAUUCUUUACCUGCAUAAUCACAGCUAUGCAUCCAUCCAAAGUGAUGAUCUGUGGAGUAGUUUUAAUGAGGUCACAAAUGGAACGUUAGAUGUAAAGAAAAUCAUGAAGACCUGGACCCUGCAGAAGGGAUUUCCUUUAGUAACUGUUCAAAGGAAAGGGAAGGAAAUUUCUGUAAAACAAGAGAGAUUCUUUUUAAAUAUAAAUCCUGAAACUCAGCCUUCAGAUGCAAGUUACCUGUGGCAUAUUCCACUAACCUAUGUUACUGAUGGAAGAAACUGUUCAGAAUACCAGUUUGUGUCAUUACUGGACAAAGCAUCAGAUGUCUUCAAUCUUACAGAAGAAGUGCACUGGGUCAAAGUCAAUGCAAACAUGACCGGCUAUUACAUCGUGCACUAUGCAGACGACGACUGGGAAGCACUCAUCAAGCAGUUGAAAGCAAAUCCUUAUGUUCUGAGUGACAAAGACCGGGCCAACCUCAUCAACAACAUUUUUGAACUCGCAGGCCUAGGCAAGGUGCCUCUUCAGAGGGCGUUUGAUUUGAUUGAUUAUCUUGGAAACGAGAGCCACACUGCACCCAUCACAGAAGCCCUGUUCCAGACAGAUCUCAUCUACAACCUCCUUGAGAAGCUGGGCCGCAUGGAUCUGGCCUCAAGACUGGUGAACAGAGUAUUUAAAUUACUUCAAAACCAGAUCCAACAACAAACCUGGACCAAUGAGGGGACCCCGUCUGUGCGGGAACUUCGGUCAGUCUUGCUGGAAUUUGCUUGUGCCCAUGACCUGGCGAACUGCAGCACCACAGCUGAGAAGCUGUUUAACAGUUGGCUGGCAUCCAAUGGAACUGAAAGCCUACCUACUGAUGUCAUGACAACUGUGUUCAAAGUGGGAGCCAGAACGGACAAAGGGUGGACAUUCCUCUUAAGCAAGUACGUCUCUGUAGGCUCUGAAGCAGAGAAGAACAAAAUCUUGGAGGCCCUUGCCAGUUCAGAGGAUGUGCGGAAACUCUACUGGUUAAUGAAAACUAGCCUUGAUGGAGAUAUCAUCCGAACACAAAAGCUGUCAUUUAUCAUCCGAACAGUGGGCCGGCAUUUCCCUGGACACCUGUUGGCAUGGGAUUUUGUCAAAGAGAACUGGAAUAAGCUUGUACAGAAGUUCCAUCUGGGCUCCUAUACCAUACAGAGUAUUGUUGCAGGAUCAACUCACCUGUUUUCAACCAAGGCCCAUUUGUCUGAGGUCCAGGCAUUCUUUGAAAAUCAGUCAGAGGCAACCUUCCGGCUUCGCUGUGUCCAAGAGGCUUUGGAGAUCAUCCAGUUGAACGUCCAGUGGAUGGAGAAGAACCUGCAGGCUCUGCGGUGGUGGCUGUAGCAUACGCAGCCUCCCCCUGCUUGGUCACCUGUUUGGAGAGCUUGGGAUCUUGGUCUCUGCUGCUUUUGCAAAAGCGCCAGGGGAACCAGACCUGCCGCCAAGUCAUUUGCACUGUUAGGAGUCGUAGUUAGCUCAGGGCCGGACUGUGUUUCUCAUCUGUCUUUUCUAAAGUGUCUUUGGGCAGUGUGUACUUAUUUAUUACAAAUGUGUGUUCACCUAUACACCAACUGUCUACAAAAGCGACUAGUCGUUUUUCUACCUUGAAGAUAUGCGAAUGGGAGGGGAACAUCAGUUUGGAAAUUCUGUUGCGUUUCUCAGUAUCCGAAAGUAUCUGGAAGGGUACUGACACAGCGAAACAAGGUCAAGUCUGCCAUGCAGCCAGCGUCUGCAGCCCCUGGCUCCUCGGUCGUCUGUCACUUCUUACUGGUAGAUGUGGCACUAAAUGAGCUGCCGAGAGUGGUAACUGAGAUGAGGAGGCCUGCAGCUGCCGAGAACCCAUCUCAGGUGUGCAGAUCUACUUUGACUUGGAGUUUCGGAUCAAUCUUUUGUUUUCUGAAGAAGUUUAAUAUCUCUAACUAUUGCAUUCUUUUCUGCACAAUAGCCAGGUGCUACAGAAUUUUUAAACUUUUGUUGUACUGAAAAGCUAAAUAACAAGACCAAAAGGUUAAAUUGUCCAAGUAGUUAGCACUGUUCCCUCCCUGCCCCCCAAUCUUUUAUAACAUUAUCACAGGAAAUUGUUCCAAAAUGAGCUGGCUUUAAUUGUAAUUAUUUUUUUUUCCUGAACAGCAGUACUCCCCAAGUCCACCCCUCUCUCUCACUCCCCGCCAUAGACA